AUUUUCUAAACCUAUUAUAAAAUUUCAAUUCUCGUUGGAUUCAAUACCAAUAUUUGAAAAUAAAAAAAAAACAUUAUCUCUACAACAGCGAAUAGCUUGAAAACAUAUCGAAGAAGAAGAAUAUAAAAUGAUGUGAAAUGGUCACAAAGCAUUUUCUAAGUUUUUGAUCAUACAAGACUUGGCAACAAUGGCCGAUGAAGUGAUCCUUCUAGAUUACUGGGCGAGCCCAUUUGGUAUGAGAGCUAGGAUCGCUCUGAGAGAGAAAGGAGUCAAGUUUGAGUGUAGAGAAGAGAAUCUGAGAGACAAGAGUCCCUUGCUUCUCCAGAUGAAUCCGGUUCACAAGAAGAUUCCAGUUCUGAUCCAUAAUGGUAAACCGGUCUGUGAAUCAAUGAACGUGGUUCAGUACAUAGACGAGGUCUGGUCCGGUAAAAACUCUAUCUUCCCUUCUGAUCCAUACCAGAGAGCCCAAGCCAGGUUCUGGAUCGAUUUCAUUGAUACCAAGGUGUACGAGCCAGCUGACAAGAUAUGGAGUACAACAGGCGAGGUACAAGAGACGGCCAAAAAAGACUUUAUCGAAGCACUCAAGAUCCUUGAAGCUGAGCUUGGAGAUAAACCCUACUUUGGUGGAGAUAACUUUGGAUUCGUAGAUAUUGCCAUGACUGGUUAUUACAGCUGGUUCGAACCAUUUGAGAAGUGCGCUAACUUCAGCAUCGAAUCAGAGUGUCCAACACUGAUGGCUUCAGCCAAGAGGUGUUUGCAGAGAGAAAGCGUGGUUAACUCCAUCCCUAACCCUGACGAGCUCUUUGCCUUAGCCCUUAAACUUAGGAAGGAGUAUGGUGUCUGAAUCUUCCAAAUUUCACAUUUGGUUUGUGGAUUGAUUCCACCUCACGUUUGUCUCUUUCCAACAAAGAAUAAUGGUUUCUUGCCAUUCAAGAAAAUUUGAUAGCUGGGCUGAGCACGUCAAGUUUAGGUUAGCCUUUUGGUUUUGGGCUUGUGACAACUCAUGACCCAAAUUAUAAGGCUUUGUUGUUCGUUGCGGCUA